AUAUUUUGUUCGAAACUGUCGCACCUGCAGGAACAAGUUAGUUUUCGGUAUCAAAAUAUAAAGUUAAAAACAACAUUUUUAUUGGUAACAUUUUAAGGAAAUUUGUUUAUGAUAUAUCUUAUUUUAGACAAUUUAAAAAAAAACGACUUCCGGAACCAUGGAAAAUAUGUAAACAACAUGGCUACUGUAAAGACAUUUGAUGUCACUGUUACUGGAUUGCCUCCAAAACCAAAUCAUAUGAUACCAAAGUUCCAUAACAGAAGUACCCUUUUUCCAUCAACAUUCACAAAUAAAUUAUACGAAGAAAAGCAAAUCACCUCAAGUCAAAGACAAGCAUGGUCUGCUGAUCCUCGGAAAAGAUCUCAAAUAGAAAAUAUUUGUGUAGACACUAAGAAUAAUUUGGAUGUAAGUAAAACUACAGUAAAGCAAGAAAAAAGUGUUCCACGUAGAAGACCUUUCAGUGCUAAAGCCAGAUUAGAGAGUUUAUCAUCAAAGCCACCAAGAACAAAGCAUGCACGUGACAAUGUAUCAGUGGAGUCUGUUCAAGGUUCAUCAAGAAACACAUGUAUGGAACUGGUACCAGUUGGUGGGAAAGAGGUACCAGUAGUUGACAUUGGAGACAAUGCACCAUAUCCUACUUAUCAUUACUUAUUAAAUUCCAAAGAAAAAUAUGUGUCAGAUGAUACAAAACCUUUCCUUCCUGGUCUGGCUGACAAUAGAGUGCCUCCACUGGCCCUUAACCAGGCCUCAGAGGCUCCAGACUCUACUACAGCUGGUCCAUCAAUAAAACCUAUGGUACAUGGUCUAAAUUCUCAUCAGGUUAUUUUUGGGACAGACAAUGAUGGACAACCACAAGAUAUUAAAUAUGAUCUUAGGAAGCCAACCGUUUUGAUAAAACAAGAAAGACCUUUGCCAUCAACAUUAGAACCUUUAAGGCAUUGGUUAUCAGAUGAUAAGGCUAUACCAGGCAUCAAUGACUGUUUAAUAUUUCUACCAGCCAUGGACAAUUAUAAAGACUUGCCAGAGGUACCUCCACCACACAGUGUUCAAGAUGAUCUUCCAUACACGACAAAACUACCACCACAGCAAGCAGCAACAAAGAAAUACCAUCAUCCAGCUUUUGAUAAGAAGCAUGUUGAAGAUUGGGUGUGUAAUCACAGUCGACCAGGGUCAGCUCAAAGGUCUGAUCAUCAAAACUACCAAACAACUUACAGGAAUGCUGGUGAUAUAAGAGAAGAAAUCACAGAAUUAGAAAAUUUAAUGCAAGGAUUAGGAAAUAUAGAUUCAGAUUGUGGAAUGGUGAAAUUCCAGGGGGAGAUAGACAGAUUCAGACAAAUGUACAAAGAAACAAUGGACAUGGUCCCAGAGAGAUUACUUCACUCGCCUAAAGAUCCUGACACAUUUGGUGUCAAGGAGUUUUUGAAACAGCAUGUGGACAUCAUGAAUGAAAUACACAGGAAACACACACUUUGUCUGGAAGAACUGAGGAUCAUUGAGGUUGAAGCAGGAAUAGAUAGUAGUCGCAAAUAUUUCAAACAUCGUACUGUACCACCUGACACAUGAGUCACAUGACUGAUUUAAUGAUUUGUUAGUGCUAGAGUGUUGUCCCAGUAAAGUGUCAGAUGUUUUGUGUUUUAGACUAGUGUUUGUAACAAGAAGUGACGAAACACAAAUUUGAAAGCAAUAUCAAGAAUAUGCUUCAUGGACAGGGGACUUGUUGUCUUGUUCAACACAGAUAUGUAGAAAGCUGAUGUAAACAACCGAUUCAAAAAUUAAAAUAAGAUAAUUAAACAGGAAAAUUAA